AAAAAGGAAAGGGCAGAAUAAAAACAUUAAUCACAAAAAUUGAAAAUUCUAAUUUACGUAUGCUUUAAUUUCGCAACCACCCCCAAAUCUCUUUCUUCUAUUCCUCCGCAAUCUCGCCGCCGUAUUCACCGCCGCAGCCGUAUUCUCACCUGCGUAGCCCGCGAUUACCCGAUACGUUCCCACCGCCGUCCGUCCCCCUUAUCCACCACCCAAACCCCGUCGCAACUCCUCGUCUUCCAUCAACGCCGCCGUCGCCUCCGUCGCUGUCUCCGCCGGCGCUAAAUCCAAAAUCUUCCUCCGUAAUCUCAUCAAGUCCUUCAAUUCCCACUACAAAACAGUGCAGCUAAAGGCAUUUAGAGACGAGCGUAGCGGGAAGUUUCUUCCCCUAAAUGGGCUGUUUUCAGUCUACUUCAAGAAAACAAUUUCCUGGUUAUGAAGAUCCCGUUCAACUUUCAUCUCAAACUGCUUUCAGUGUAAGUGAGGUUGAAGCAUUAUUUGAACUGUUCAAGAGCAUCAGCAGUUCUGUCAUUGAUGAUGGGCUAAUCAAUAAGGAAGAACUUCAAUUGGCUCUAUUUAAGAACAGGAAAAAAGAGAAUCUUUUUGCAAACCGAAUCUUUGACCUCUUUGAUGUGAAACAAAAAGGAGUGAUUGAUUUUGGUGAUUUCGUUAGAUCACUCAACGUUUUCCAUCCAAAUGCACCACAAGAAGAUAAAAUUAACUUUUCGUUCAAGCUAUAUGAUAUGGACGGAACUGGAUAUAUCGAGCGUCUAGAGGUGAAGCAAAUGUUGAUUGCACUUCUGUGUGAAUCUGAGAUGAAGCUGGCUAAUGAGACGAUCGAGAUGAUUCUGGAUAAGACAUUUAUGGAAGCCGACGUUGACCAGGAUGGAAAAAUUGACAAAUCUGAAUGGCACAAUUUUGUUGCCCGAAAUCCUUCGUUGUUGAAGAUAAUGACACUUCCAUAUUUGAGGGAUAUUACAACGACAUUUCCAAGCUUCGUUUUCAACUCGGAGGUUGAUGAAGUUGCGACAUAAACUGAUGAGAUUUACCUGUCUGUGUACUGUAGUUUAGAAAAAUACCGAAUUUUUUUACCGACCACGUUGAAAGAGAAUUAUUAUAAUUUGUAUUUUUGGAUGGUACUGCAUAUUAUCGAUUAAUUAUGGUGAGGAUGCGGCGGCGUGAAUUUUAUCACAUCCCCCCUCCAUUUGUAUUGGUAUGUCUAAUAAAUUGUAUUUCCGGUUUUCAUC